CUACGCGACUUUGGGCGGGCAUUUUGAACGGGACGCUGCUGUUGUAUGCAGUUCAGCCGCAAAGACCGGGAGAAAAUCAAAAAACGGGAGAAAAUCAAUAAGGAGGAUUUAGUGUUUAAUCGGGAAACGUUUAACAUGAACGAAGGGACGCCUGGAAAGGUGAUGGCGGAUUCUAAUAACCAGAGGAGACGGUCAGCGCGAUUAAACUCUCCUCCGCUAGCCGAGGCUAACAGGGACAACAAGAUGGCGGUGGCGGUGAAACGCUCCAUCACCGUGAGGAAGAUAGCGCCCCGAAAAACUGCCGCCCUGUCGGACCACGACAAGGAGAACACCCCAGGACGGAGGACCGGCUCGGAGGGCACUCAUAAGAACACCCCGGGACGGAGGGCCGGCUCAGAGGGCGUCCAGACGAAGAAGCACAGCGUCUCCACCCCGGGUCCUGCCCCGGAGAGCGGCGGCUCCUCCUCGGCUACGAGGAAGAAGAAACAGGCCGCCAUGCCCUCACCGAUCCUCCCGUCCUCCCCGCCGCCGGCCUCCCUCCCCCCGCAGCCGGAUCCAGAGGACUCGGUGUGGUCGCAGAAGGUCCGCCGGUCUUACAGCAGGCUCAGCGACAGGUCCUUCCGCAGCCCCGACUCCAGGGAGACUUUAUUCGGCUUUGAGAAGCUUCAGACCCCCGAGGUGAUCCGGAGACCCGAGCAGUCCAGGGCUGGAGGUCUGGAGGUUUCCGGGUCUCUGAACUCUUUCACGUCUCUGCUGGAGACUGAUGACGGCGGGUCGGUUUUCCCCGAACCGGACCCGAACAUCCCCGGAGUGGCCGUGGUGAAGGAGAAGAGGAGGAGGAGGAAGGUCCAGGAGAUCCCCUCUACGGAGCUGGAGGUUCUGGCUGCCAGGAUGAACGCAGAGUUUGAGGAGGCAGAAGAGUUCGAGCUGGUGGUGGAGUGAAUAUUCAGACUGAAAAACUUUAAAGAACUCAAGAAAUCUCUUCCUACUCCUCUGUUUUUGUCUCUAACAGGCUUAAAAACACCAAACUGUGGGAGGACAUCACUGAAAAACGUGAUUUUCACACUCAGAACAUACACAUUUCUGUUUAUUUCCACUUCUUUCUAUUGUAAAGUUGGAAUCUUUGGAUAUUUCUGUGUUCCUGGUUCAUUUAGGUGCUCCUAAUGUGGUAGUUUGUGUCGUUGUGUGGAGGUUUAGUGGAAAAGUUUAGGUUUGUUCUCAAAAUCAGAACGUCUCUAUAAUUAAAACAUUUGUGCAGA